GUAGCGAAGGUCGCUGCCCCUGAGGAGGUCGUGGCGGUGGAGCCGCCAUGCCCGGCCGUCCCGACGACUACGAGGUGCUGCUUACCAUCGGCGCCGGCUCCUACGGCAGGUGCCGCAAGGUGCGCCGCAAGGCCGACGGCAAGAUCUUGGUAUGGAAAGAGCUCGACUAUGGAUCGAUGACAGAGGCUGAGAAGCAAAUGCUUGUUUCGGAAGUGAAUUUGCUUCGUGAGCUGAGGCACCCGAAUAUCGUCCGGUAUUACGAUCGCAUCAUCGACAGAAGCAGCACGACCCUGUACAUCGUGAUGGAGUACUGCGAUGGUGGCGACCUGGCGAGCUUAAUCGCAAGGUGCACAAAAGAAAGGCAUUACUUGGAAGAAAGCUUUAUUCUCAGAGUAUUGACUCAAUUGACAUUGGCCUUGAAGGAAUGUCACAGACGGAGUGAUGGUGCAGUGACUGUGCAUCGUGACCUAAAACCAGCAAAUGUCUUUCUAGAUGGCAAGCAGAACGUGAAACUUGGAGAUUUUGGACUGGCUAGAAUAUUGCACCAUGACACGAGCUUUGCCAAAACAUUUGUUGGAACGCCAUAUUAUAUGUCUCCGGAACAAAUGAACCACAUGUCAUACAAUGAAAAAUCCGACAUCUGGUCUCUAGGAUGUCUCCUGUAUGAGUUAUGUGCUCUCUCACCUCCAUUUAGAGCUUACAACCAAAAGGAGCUGGCAGAAAAGAUAAGGGAAGGGAAGUUCAGGCGAAUACCAUAUCGUUACUCAGAGCAGUUGAAUGAACUUCUCAAAGAGAUGCUGAAUGUAAAGGAUUAUUGCCGACCUUCUGUUGAAGAUAUUCUGCAGCACCCCUUGAUAGCAGACUUGGUGACAGAAGAACAAAGACAAAAUUCUGACAAAAGAGGCCGGAGAUCAUGGGAUGCAGAAAGGCUGCAGCAUUCGGAUGCUGCAGUGAAUGAGCUGAAAUGGAAGGAACAACAAUUACAGGAGCGAGAACAAGCCAUUAAAGAGAGAGAGCGACGUUUGGAGCAGAGAGAACGGGAACUCUGUAUCCGAGAGAGACUGGCAGAGGACAAACUUGCUAGAGCAGAAAACUUGAUGAGGAACUACAAUCUCUACAAACAGCAGAGGAUGUUAGCUUGUGCAGAUGGUCCAGAUAAUGCAGUCCUCCCCUUUUCUACAACCAAGAAGAAAGUACACUUUGAUGGAAGUGAAGAGAAUGCUCCUCCUGUUAAUCUGGAAAACUUUCCCCUUUCUAAAGGGAAAUGCUCUGAUCUCAAAAAACGCCUAUAUGCUGCAAAUCUACGGGCUCAAGCACUGUCUGAACUGGAAAAAAACUAUCAACUAAAGAGCAGACAAAUCUUGGGCAUGCGCUGAAACUGUAACGGAUGUAAAGUAUUUAACUUUUAGAAGUUGAUUAAAUGUAUGGGAAGAUACUUGUACCUCCCUCUUUUAAGCUGGAACCUACUGACAAUUAAUUUUAACAAUUGUUAUACAAACUCUUGGUCUAUGAUAGGUAGUUCAUGAUAAAGGCAUAAGAGAUUAUAUUAUGAAAACAGGCAGUUUUGAUACCAAAUCAAACAAACUGAAUUAACUGUAUUAUUAAAGAAAAAAUAUUUUGGUCCU